AAGUGCCGAUAUUUCAUUUCGCUCGAAAACACGUUGCUAAUGGCGGCUUUUGCAGAUAUAAAUAUUCCAUAUCAAAAUGACUCGCGUUCUUUGCUCAAAUUCGUUUCAGCUCUCGUUAAACUUGGUUACGAGACGAUUGCAGUCAACAGAACUGUCUCACCUACGGUGAAAGGAAAAGGCGGACAGGGCAAAAUUCCAAUGCCAGAUGACUUUUCUAGUUUGGUAGGAUUGGAGGAUGUAAAAAAGAUUUGUCCAAAGCUGAAGUUACUUUCGCGUAUAACCGUGGUGAUUGAAGAACAACAACAAGUACGAUUUAUCCCAGGCGAAACGGUACAAAGUUAUGAUAUUCUAAGUGUACAACCGACCACAGAAAAACUCUUCCAACAAGUAUGUCAAACGGUCGAAUGUGACGUCAUAACAUUUGAUAUGACCUCAAGAAUGCCAUUUUAUAUAAAACACCCUCAAGUAAAUCUCGCCAUAGAAAGGGGUAUCAGCUUUGAGAUACAAUACACACCAGCAAUUCGAGAUCAAAACCAACGAAGACAUACAAUUAUAAAUGCCUUAGAACUGAUCAGAGUCAGCAGAGGUCGAAAUGUUGUCAUAUCAAGUUGUGCUGAACGAACUAUCGAGUUACGUGGACCAUAUGAUAUUGUCAAUCUUGGGCUUCUCUUUGGACUCAAACAAGAUCAGGCAAAGGCAACUAUUUCAAAGAAUGUGCGAAGUCUUUUGUAUCAUGCCGAGGCUCGUAACCAAACUGUUAAGGGAACUCUUAAGCUUGAAAAGAAUGCUUUCUCAACAGAUUAUCUCAAAAGGAGUCACGAAGAAGUAGAAAUGAAGAAUCAAAGUAAUCCUAAAGCCAAGAAAUUUAAGUCAUGACGCGAGACAAUUUUCAAAUGGAUUGUUAGUUGUGUGAUUUGUCAACGCAUUACUUUGGAGAACCGGUCAGCGGUUGCUCUUACCCAUUUCAAUAAGACAAAAAGUAAGGACUUUGCUUUAUGCCUUGAAGGCUUUGUAUUGUAUUCUGGCGCGUUUAUCUCACUUGGGAAUUUAUGGACUAAAUGAAUCUGAAAUGUUCUGUACGUGAUUAUGUCUACAAAUUUUUUUAAUUGAAACCAUGACUGAAGCUAUCGUGAAUUUGCGGUGACGGAAAUUUCACCAGAUUAUCUAUUCAAUGUCUUUGAUUCGUCUGUCAAGACAAAUUUAAAGUUAAAGUCGUCUGGACGGUUAAUUCGUCUUAUGAUCGUCUUUAUUCUUCAGAAAAAUUCGUCAUCAAAAAAUUCCGUCUUCCCAUACGAAAAUUUCACAUUUGAUUUCAUGUAUGAAAUAGACAUUUCGUACAUGAAGUGUUUCAAUUUCACAUAAGGUUUCACAUAUCAUAUCAUAUUUGAAAUCAAAUGUGAAAUUUUCGGAAGGAUUAAGUUGUCCUGACGUAUUAUCCAUCUUAAAGCGCCUAUGACAAAAAGAUUUCGCGAGUUAGAUGAUGUUUGCAUUGACCAGAACUUUUGAAAUUACAGCGUAGUUUCUAAAACAAUUUAUGCAUGUCUCUUUUUACUCUCGAGGUAUUGAAAUUUUUGUUAUUUCCAAUUUAUCUAACUUGUAACGUCAUGAAGUAAAUGGUUUGAACCCUGGA